AUGGAUGUGGAGAGUCCCUGCGAAGAGGCUCUCUCCAGCUUGCUCCUGGAGGAUGUCAAGCAGAGGCUGCGGAAAGCAUUCCGAGGACAGGGGACAGCUUCAACCCCUCUGGCACCAAGGUUGGCAGCAGCAAGUCAGGAGAGAGGAAAGAGGACCCUGGCUGCCCAGGAGGAGCUGCGCAGGGCACACAUAGAGGGGGCCAUUGCCUGGCUACGGGUAGAACUGCUGGAGAUGAAGUCUCAGAACCGCCAGCUUGCCAAAACUCUGCUGGAUUUAAGCACAGACAUACAGAGACUGAGAAAUGAAACCGAGAUGACGCCGUCUUUAGAAUCAAAGAACCCGUGCAUUGCUGAAAGCUCAGAAUGA